UCACUCAGUGAAUAGACCUUACCCCCCCCUCUCCCUCUCCCUCUCUCUCACACUCUCGCUCUCAGACACGCACAUACGCACACUCUCACUCACCCUCACUUUUCACUGUCUUUCAGCUUUCUAGUUUGGGAAACACCCUCUUCUGAGAAGUGAUCUGCUUCAACUGAAAGUGUCUCCACGCUAAUGAAAGAUAAGCGCUAAAGGAGGAAAUACAGACGCAGGAAAAUCACAAACCAGCAGGAGCUGGGGACGUAAAAGCAGAGGAGCCGAGGGAAAAGCAACGUAUGAAAACGGAGCAAAUGCCACAAAGCUGAAGAUGGGGUUCGGGACAGGGAUCACAAUGCUUCUCCUCACGACCACUUUUGUUUCGACGACACAAGAGCUGGUAUGGCUGAAUGUGAGCAGUGAGGUGACGGCGGCGUGCGGCCAGACGGUCACGCUCAACUGCAAGGUCUCCUCUUCCCGAGAAGGACUGACAGUGACACACCUGAGAUGGAACCUAAACAGGAAGCGCCUGUGUGAGGUGGACAUCUUGGGGGAAGUCACACAGUUCAGGAACCACACACAGAGUGAAUUCCAGUGCGCUUACACGCAGAGGCAUUUAUCCCUCACCUUUCAACAAGUGCAGCCCAUGGAAAGCGUGGAGGCUCUGUACAUGUGCAAGCUUCACUCAAAUCAUGGGAUUACGGAGGCAAAGACAACGGUUGAAUUGAAAGAGUGCUACAGGGAUGUUGACGUUGAUGCGAAUCCGAAAGUUGCCACCUGCCGUUUCACAGGAGUCCACCCGGACGGGGAUGUACACUGGUUCCACGGCUCCACCAGACUGACAGGAGCCAACACAAGCAAAAGUGUGGAGGCAGGGGGAUGGAUGACCAUCGUCAGCUCCCUGGAAAAAGACGGUAAUAAGGAGCCAUACAGCUGUUCUCUGUGGAAUCCUGCAUCUGGACAGUACCUCACCGACAAACCUGUUGGGAUCCCUGAAGUAAAUAUGGAGCAGAACUCGAGGGUCUACAGUGCAGCUGAUGCACAGCAAUUUCCCUGGACAUUUUUGGGUUUUCUGCUGAUAGCGACCUUCUUGAUGAAAUAAUAGACUUGUGCUAAGAAAGAAUCUAAACUAGGGAAUAUGAUAAGAUCAAAUAAAUAGGGACUGUAGGAAGAAUGAUUAACUAGAAUCAUAAGGAGGUACUGAUAUAUGAAAUAAGCUGUGUGUUCAGAGCUAUUGUGUGGGUGAGUCAUGCUGUAGGGUCCAAGGAUUUUUAUUGUUCUACUUUUCAUUUCUUAGCGGAAGUGGUCAAGGAAAUUACAGACUGAUAAGACACAAUGAGAAAAAAAGUUAAUAACCAAUACGCUGUUUAACACUAGCUGCGUUUAUUGUUAUUCUGAUAGGGAAUUCAUGAUUGAUAGAGCAGGGAAUAUUGGUUUUACAUCAUUCAAAACCUGGCAAAUAAACACACACACACACACACACACACACACACACACACACACACACACACACACACACACACACACACACACACACAGAGUCAGUGUUGGAGCUAUUCCUCCAAUCACUUGUUUACUUUUCAAGCAUUGAGCCAGUAGAAUCUGUGAGCUUCAAAUACACUUUUAUUGUAUGUAUGAGAGGGAAAGAUUAAACACUGGUAGGGCUACAAAAUGAAAACUCCAGAAAAUGAACGCAACUGGAAGACCAGCAUGUCGAAACACAGCUAGACGAGGUGGUGGCAAUUACGUCAUCCCUUUGCUGAUAGUGGUGGGAUGCUGUCCUCUGGUGGUACGGAUGUGAUUAGUCACAAGUUCACAUCAUGGGGUGUUAAGAGACCAGAGUUGAACUGUGGCUGUCUUCAAAUCUUCCAACAACCCGUUCUGCAGGUAGUACUGCACUGCCUUCAAAUCUACCAACAACCCAUUGUGCAAGUAGUACUGCACUGCCUUCAAAUCUACUAACAAUCCGUUCUGCAGGUAGUACUGCACUGCCUUCAAAUCUACUAACAACCCGUUCUGCAGGUAGUACUGCACUGCCUUCAAAUCUACCAACAACCCGUUCUGCAGGUAGUACUGCACUGCCUUCAAAUCUACCAACAACCCAUUGUGCAAGUAGUACUGCACUGCCUUCAAAUCUACUAACAAUCCGUUCUGCAGGUAGUACUGCACUGCCUUCAAAUCUACUAACAACCCGUUCUGCAGGUAGUACUGCACUGCCUUCAAAUCUACCAACAACCCGUUCUGCAGGUAGUACUGCAUUGCCUUCAAAUCUAUCAACAACCCAUUCUGCAGGUAGUACUGCAUUGCAAAUGGCCCUAUGUUGUAUAUUUGCUGAAGAAAUGCAUGCAUGAGGCAGUCUGUGUGUGUGUGUGUGUGUGCACGCGCGUGCGUACGUACGUAUGUGUAUGUAUGUAUGUAUGUAUGUAUGUAUGUAUGUAUGUAUGUAUGUAUAGGAGGAAUUUUUCAAAAAGAAAACGGCAUUGCAUUUUAAAGACAUCCCAUGAUCUAAUUUAAAUAACUGCUGGCCAAUGCAAGUUUAAAUAUCUGACAGACCAUGCAUGCAUUGAUUCCUACAAGUAUCCAAUAAUGUCUAUAUUCCAGAUGUAUAGAGGUUUGCAUGGAGGGGCUUUGGGUUUUUCGACACUCUGACGACGAACUGAGUACCGCUAAGUAUAUUGUGGCUUGUACAGGGAGAGUACCAAGCUUGUAGAUAAACAAUGUCUCCAAUUUUCAUCCUCACUGUAUGGCAUACUCUUUCUCCAUCUGAGACUUCACUUGGCAUGUACCUUGAGGAUGAAUGCUGUCUCAUGGCUAAAGAAAUCCCUUUUCUCAAACAGUGUGACAUUUGAGAGCCUUCUGAAAUUAGAACCGCCCUCCACUAAUGGAUUUUUUGUUGUUCUUCUUCUUAUUUAAACUGAGCCAGUGUGUGUUUCCCGUUUAGCCUGCUACAAAUACAAAUGGUCACCUCGUGAAGUUUAGUGCAUGAGGACGCAACCAGGUAUAUAACAGGACACGCAUAAACACAUGUACAUGGGCAUGGUAAUUCUAAUUUACUUAAAUAAACUCUUAAUAAGCAAAAAAACUAGUUAUAGCUAAACCUCAAAUGGUACCCUCCCUCCUCUAUUGCCUUUUCUAUAGAACAAUGCUGUCUUUACUGCCAAAAUGUAAAACUGAAUUUGUGCAACGUAUGCGAUGCAAUACUUCUGAAAAAUUAACAAAUUGAAGAAUUUUCUUCCAAAAUGGGAUAUUCAUGACACAGCCUUACAAAUUAAGAAAAGCAAAUGGGAGCACUUUUCAAAGGACAUUAAAAUAGCUAUAACUAUAGUCGAUAAGUUGAGGACAUUUUCACUCACUGGAUCUUUUAUACCUUAAAUGAACGAUGACAUUUUAGAAUUGACAUUUUAAUUUUUUAAUUGGAUAGAGCAUUUUUGAAAACAACUCUUCUGUCAAGUAUAAGAGAAAUAUCAGAGUACUUUAACUGGUUGUGGUUUUAAAGAAUUAUGUAUAAUCAAUAAAAAAAAAAAAGCACUUCCACAACUGUGUCAACUGUUAAUGUGUGCUAGCUAGCACACAGGUAUUUUUUCUAUUUUAUUUCAAAAAGGAAAGAUUCAUUCUUACUGAAUCAUUGAAAACUUGUUUAUUCGUCUUUGAUCCUUGCAGUGAUUUUAGCUGUGGAUUUAGUAUAGCUUCCACCAGAACGCACACUUUUUGCACAUUUAUUUUGCGUUUGUAUAGAUGUUACCGAAACUGUUGAUACAAUAUUUGUCUGUAGAGAUUUUUCCUGCUACCGUUGAUACAACACUAACGCAAUCAACCGAAAAUGGCUCGGGAGACGUUAAGGUAAGGGAGAUUUUAGGUGACUUUUUUUCAUAUCAAACUUAAAAGCACAUUGCUGGAUUCUGAUUAUGAAAUCAGAGGAGACAGUGCUAUAAAUGUGACCCAGACUUCAAUCGGGGUAUUGUACUCUCGUCCCCUUUGUAGAUGUUAUCAAAACGACUGCCUUUAGCCUUGGUGAGCCAA